UCUAUCUGUUUCUCUCGAAGGAAUCUGGUUCGACGAACAACAGAGUUGAGUCCAAUGGAUCGAUUAAUUUGAAGCUAUUCAGGGGGAAAGCUGGGGGAGUUGAAGGAUGAAGGCGGGAUUCGAUCCCAGGCCUGGGAGAUGAAAACCCACAAGAUUUACCUUCAAUUGAAUUUGAAAUUUAAUCGCAGCUCAUGGGCCGUGUAUAUCUUAGUAAUGGGUUACAUAAUCUUGAUCUGUGAUCAAAAGGAAUGGUGCUUACAAAAUUCAAUGGCACUGGUGUGGGACUUGGUUUUGGAGUUGGAUGCGGUUUUGGAGUUGGGUGGGGUUUUGGAGGCAUUCCGUUGCAGAUACUCGGUCUUGGCGUAGGUGGAGGUUGUGGAGUAGGACUUGGCCUAGGAUGGGGCUUUGGAACUGCUCUCGGAAGUCAAUAUCGCACAAAUAGGAUCACAUUCCAGGGCAUUGAUUUCAAUGAUAAGGGGCGAAAUGAUGGGAAAACAAUGAAGGAUUAGGCAAGAACGUCCAGGAGGUUUAGGCUUCACAGUUACUUUUCAUGCUGCUUCAAGCUGGACUUUCCCUCAUUGAUCUCCUUGCAGAUCUUUCUUUUCCAACUCGAACUCAAUGGAAAUAGUGAAAAUCUUUGGACACUGCAUCUUAUUACAUCAACUGAGAGAAGUUUUAAGGUUGGGAUACCUGGAGGAAGGAUCACACUGUUAAAAUGAUGCCUAAUAUAGAAAUUGAGUUUUAAUCUUCUUGGAUGAAACUGUAGUGGUGAGUUUACUUACAGUCGGUAUGCAGUGUACAUUAUGCUGUGAUAAUGAUUGAAGCACUAGGGGAGGAAUUAUAAGCAUAUGGAGUUUAUUUGUUUUGGUUGAUCA